UAUUUGGCAAACACUCAAAUUUCACGAAUUCUAUGGGAUUCUUAGUAACUAAUGAAUUCAAAGUAGGACGACUAGCCAUACAUUUUGAUUGAGAGUUAUCCAAUAUCCCAAACAGUAUGUUGUCCGAAAUUGGUUAAUUGCUAAUUAUUACAUAUUUUGACUUAUCUUGACAGAACGAAUCGUCUAAUUUGCUAAUGUUUCCGUUCUUGAGGUGAUGGCGUUCAAUCCAAGUUUGACAGCGGGCAAGGUCAUCACAUGCAAUGCUGCUGUUUUGAGAGGUCCAAAACAACCUUUUGUAGUGGAAAAGAUUGAGGUUGAACCUCCACAGGAAAUGGAGGUGAGGAUUAAGAUCCUCUAUACUUCAAUCUGUCAUACUGAUCUCAGCGCUUGGAAAGGGGAGAACGAAGCUCAGCGAGCGUUUCCACGAAUUCUGGGGCAUGAAGCUGUCGGAAUGGUGGAGAGUGUAGGAGAAGGGGUGAGGGACGUGAAAGAAGGAGACUAUGUGAUACCCGUUUUCAACGGAGAAUGUGGAGAUUGCGCCUACUGCAGAAGAGGGAGCACCAAUCUGUGCGGAAACUUCAGAGUGAACCCAUUCAAGAGCGUCAUGCAAAAUGACGGCAAGUGUAGGUUUAGGACAAAGGAAGGAGAGCCACUGUAUCAUUUUCUCAACACUUCCACUUUCACACAAUAUUCAGUGCUGGACUCGGCUUGUGUGGUCAAGAUUGAUUCUGAUUCCCCUCUCAAGAAAAUGAGCUUGCUUAGCUGUGGGGUCUCUACAGGGGUAGGAGCAGCAUGGAAUGUUGCUGAUGUCCAGCCUGGAUCAACCGUUGCCAUUUUCGGUUUGGGCGCAUUAGGGCUCGCAGUGGCUGAAGGGGCACGAGUUAGAGGAGCAUCCAAAAUAAUAGGUGUUGAUAUCUCCUCCGAAAAAUUUGAAAAAGGCAAAGCUGUAGGAAUGACAGAUUUUAUAAACUCGAAAGAUGACUCAAAGCCGGCGCAUGAAAGAAUCAGAGAAUUGAGCAAUGGAGGCGUAGACUACAGCUUUGAAUGCGUAGGAAACUUGGGAGUACUUCGAGAAGCCUUUUUAUCAAGUCAUGAUGGUUGGGGUAAGACUGUGUUAGUAGGAAUUUAUGCGAGUCCGCAAUUGCUGCCCAUACAUCCGAUGGAGUUGUUUGAUGGACGAACCAUCACUGGAACUAUUUUUGGAGACUUCAAAGCCAAGACUCAAGUUCCUGCUCUUGCCAAAGAUUGCAUGACUGGGGUGGUGAAUCUAGAUGGAUUCAUAACUCAUGAACUUCCCUUCGACAAGAUCAACCAAGCUUUUGAUCUGCUCAAGGAUGGCAAGGCUUUGAGGUGUCUUCUUCAACUUUGAUUCUUUCCUCUGCACGCUAGCAUGACAGGCCAUUGUAACAUUUUACCUUAUUACUAUAUGUGUUAUGUAUACUGCUUUUUGCAGUGACUAUAUUUACAAUCACAGUAACUCUGCAAGUCAUAAGCCAAUGUGCUUUAAUUGUAAUUAUCCAGCUCUCAAAUUUUAUAUACCAAUUUUCUGCCA